AUGGGUAAACCAUGUGUGAUCUACCAAUGGUGUGGGUCUAAGUGCAACAAGUUUGAGCGCCUCAAAGCUGCACAGGUAGCUACUGGUAUCCGAGACAACGAGAGGAGUGGACGGGCCAAGCUGGUGGUUGUAGAGGAAGGACAGGAGCCUGCAGAGAUGAUGAAGGUUCUCGGUGAGAAGACUGAAAUCCCUGAAGGUGACGAUGAUGAGGAUGUGGUUGCAGACGUGUCAAACAGGAAAAUGGCCAAACUUUACAUGGUAUCAGAUGCAACAGGGAAAAUGGAAGUGUCGCUUGUGUCAGAUGAAAAUCCGUUUAACCAGAGUGACCUGUUGUCUGAGGAAUGCUUCAUUCUGGACCAUGGAAAAAGCAAAAUUAUCUUUGUGUGGAAAGGCCGCAAGGCAAAUCCAGAUGAAAGGAAGGAGGCAAUGAAAACAGCUGAGGGCUUCAUUAAACAGAUGGGAUAUCCUGCCAAUACCCAGAUCCAGGUCCUUCCGGAGGGUGGAGAGACGCACAUUUAUAAGCAGUUCUUUAAAAGCUGGAAAGACAAGGACCAGGCUGAGGGUCUAGGCAGAGUCUUUGUCAUGGAGCGGAUCGCCAAGAUUGAACAAGAACAGUUUGAUGCCUCCAAGCUGCACGAGUCCCAUCAAAUGGCUGCUCAGUACAACAUGGUUGACAACGGCACUGGAAAAACACAGAUUUGGAGGGUGGAGUGUGGUAAUACUACAGGUGAUACCAAGGUUCCCGUUGACCGAGAGACAUACGGCCAAUUCUAUGGAGGAGACUGCUAUAUAAUUUUAUAUACCUACACCAAGGGAGGAAUCAUUUACACCUGGCAAGGUUCCAGCAGCACAUUAGAUGAACUGACAGCUUCAGCCUUUCUCACUGUUGAACUGGACCGUUCGCUGGGAGGACAUGCUGUUCAGGUGCGAGUGACUCAAGGAAAGGAACCACCUCAUUUGCUGAGUCUCUUCAAAGGCAAGCCUCUGAUCGUGUAUCAGAAUGGGACUUCUAGAAAGGGAGGACAGGCACCAGCACCUCCAACACGCCUCUUUCAAGUGCGCAAGAACCUGGGCACCAUUACACGGAUUUAUGAGGUAGAUGCUAAAGCAACAAGUUUGAACAGCAAUGAUGCCUACCUGCUGAAGUUGCCUAAAGGGGAUGGGUAUUUGUGGAAAGGGAAGGGGGCCAGUGAGGAAGAGGAACGAGGGGCGAAAUACAUGAGUGAGAAGCUGAAGUGCAAAAUCAAGCCAAUUACUGAAGAAAAUGAGCCAGUGGACUUCUGGAAAGCUCUGGGUGGAAAGAUGGAGUAUCAGACAUCCGAGAUGUUGGAGAGCAAAACUAUAGCACAUCCUCCCCGCCUGUUCGCCUGCUCCAACAAAACUGGAAAGUUCAUUAUUGAAGAAGUACCUGGUGAGUUUAACCAAGAUGACCUGGCAGAGGAUGAUGUCAUGUUACUGGAUGUCUGGGAUCAAGUGUUUGUGUGGAUUGGAAAGGAUGCCAAUGAGGUGGAGAGGAAUGAGUCAGUAAAAUCCGCAAAUACUUACAUUGAGACAGACCCAUCAGGACGGGACAAGGGGACACCUGUUGUGGUGGUAAAGCAGGGACACGAGCCCCCCACCUUCACCGGCUGGUUCCUGGGGUGGGACGCCUCUCGGUGGGACAGUGACCUCAUGGCAAGAGCAGUGAAAUCGUGAAACCCCUGAAGUCAAUAGACUUGACUGGAAUGAUAAAACAGAAACAUUUUUUUAUUGGACUAUUCCAUUAUAAACGCCUAAAAAUAUGCCAUCAUGUCCAACAUGUAAAGUUACUCAAUAUACAUCAGAUCUUAAAGUUGUGUAUUUCUCUUUGAUUUGUUUGCACAGAUUUAUAUUUCUGCUCUGGAUUCCUGUAAGCAUGAUUUGAAAUCGUACAAUAAAAUAAUCAAUUCACAUUUUCAAAAAUGUCUUGUUUUAGUCAAUGCAGUACACAAGAGC